AUGGAUAUUCAGCCUCACAACGCUCAGAGCCUGACCCGACCUGACCACCUCACAUCAUCCAUUCAAGCUCCAGGGAACAAAGCCAACGGCCCUGACCCAUCAUACGAAGCGAACUCAGACGCAAUAGUCUUUCACCUGACCUUGACCGCGGGCCAUCAGGCGGGCUAUGAAUCCUCUACAGCACCCACCGCAGCCCAACAGAGCUACUCUGGUUCAGUAGCUCAAUGGGUAUCCGCAACACCGCAACCAGAUGUCUGGCCAACCGGGAACCUCAACUCGACCCUGCCGUCUCCCUCUGACAACCAAUGGAACCCAUACCACAGUUUUCCGUCCCAAAGCGGAGCAGGAAUUUUAUUCCAAGGCAAUCCCUACCCAAUAGUGGCUAAUAACUCACAGCCGCCAUCAACAGCUUUCACCUCAUGGUCAUCCGUCCCCCUGCGAUAUCCAAUGCCGCAAGAACCUGCUCAAAACUAUCCACUGAUAUUUCCUACAUCUUUUUGCCCCCAAUAUCCCAUGAAUACCACUCAGAUUCCUUUGAGUCUCCAGCCAUGGCAAAGCGCAGUCUGCGUGGAAGCUCAGCUGAAUGUCGACACCAUGACAGUCCCGAAUCACAGUCCUCCCACUGCACUCGCACCAGCCCAACAGGCCCCCGAAGAAGAAGGGCCAGAAAUGGUGUGUUUUGGCAUGAUACAGAGCUCGACAGAGUUCAACUCAAGUGACUGCCCGGAGAUCUCUGGCCACAUACUAUCAGAACAUGGCCAAAUGGUCCAAGGCCUUCUCGAUGAGGAGACCCUAGACCUCUACGUCUCUUGCACCACCCCAGACUCUCAAGGCUCCGCGCAGCAAAAGACGCGUUCCACUCCUCUUCAAUGUACAUUGGAGAUUACCGUUUAUGGUCCCUCGGAUCUUUUUGAGGAAAUUGGGACGUGGCACCAGAAGCAGGCUCUCACAUUCAUGUUACGCCGGGAACAGGGUUGGGCUUUCUACGACAAGCGGCCAGAUGUUUGGGAGAUGAUAGACACCGACCAAGGGCGAACCUUCCUCAACCGAAUCUCCAAUGCCUAUCAACCUGAAGAGCCCCCUCAGUGCUAUGGGGGUAUCAUCGCAGAUCCUAUGGGACUUGGCAAGACUCUCACCAUGAUUGCCCUAGCAGCAACCGAUUUGGAUGGAAACAACACCGACAUGGACACAACCGAAGAAUGCCAGCCCAGCGUCUCGGCAACCCUCAUUGUCGUUCCACCUCCACUAAUCGGGACAUGGGAAGAGCAACUAUCUGAGUGGGUAUCUACGCACGUCAUUAACGGCGGCAUGGCAUGGCACCGCCAUCACCGAGAAACUCGCCUCAGCUCCACAGACAGCCUUGACCACUUGAACAUUGUCUUGACAACAUAUCACACAGUCUCUGCAGAGUGGAAUAGUGGAAAUGGUGUACCAAACGCAGCUCUCUUUUCAGUGCGAUGGGAAAGAAUCAUUCUCGAUGAAGCGCACCUUAUCCGAAACGGCAACUCAAAGAUGUCCCAGGCAGUCUGUGCACUUGACUCUAAGUCACGGUGGGCUGUUACCGGUACUCCAAUCCAAAACCGUCUUGGCGACUUGGCGACUCUAUUCAAGUUCAUCCGCGCCCACCCCUACACCGAUCGAAGAUGCUUCGAUGUUGAUAUAUCCCGCCUCUGGAAGUCCGGCGAGUAUGAUGAAGCCAUCAAGAGACUGAAGCGUCUCUCAGCCUGCAUGCUACUCAGGCGACCCAAGGGAACCAUCAACCUUCCCGGCCGGCGGGAUAUGCAAUGUCCUGUCAAUUUUAGCACCGAGGAGAGAGUAUUGUACGACAAGAUACGCCAGAAGGCCAUUGUGAGCAUCGAAGAGGCUCUAGAUAGGGACUCGGAACACUCUAGGGCUGGCAUAUACGUCAACGUCCUGCAGCAGAUCGAGUCACUGAGAUUGAUCUGCAACCUGGGCCUUCACUAUCAUACGAGACAUGACAAGACCCCUCAAGCCUCCCUGGAAGAUAGUGACUGGCCCAGCGCCGCACAGAGGGCUUUCAAUGUUCAGCGAGAGAUGGGGCCGCUGGUCUGCGUACAGUGCCGGUCAACACUCGAGAUUGCAGAGACGCUUUUUGAAGACCCAACCAUUUCACAGCAAAGCGCUCAGUUCUCGAGCUGUUUGAGAUUUCUCUGUGCAGAUUGCACGCAAAAGAGUUUCCAGGCCAGGCACGUCGUGGAAUGCGGCCACGAUCCUUCUUGCUCCAUGGCCGCUGUCUCUACGAACAGCAGUGCUCUAGAGUCAAGUCUAGACGACGUGCAGCAGCAAACAAAGGUCAAGUCCAUUGGCCUAUCAUCCAAGGUGGAGGCUCUCAUGACUGACAUCAAGACUCUACCACCGAGCGAAAAAUGCAUUGUCUUCUCAACAUGGAGACUAACACUGGACAUGGUAGAAGUCGGUUUGGAAAAGGCACACAUUCCAAGUGUUCGCUUCGAUGGCAAAGUACCUCAAAAUGAGCGACAGGAGAUUGUGGAGAGAUUCAGAACUGACCCGUCUGUCCGCGUCAUGCUCUUGACACUGUCCUGUGGUGCAGCUGGUCUCACCUUAACGGUAGCAACUAGGGCCUAUCUCAUGGAGCCUCACUGGAACCCAACUCUCGAAGAGCAAGCCCUUGCACGAAUCCACCGAAUCGGACAAACACGAGAGGUGACCACAGUAAGGUUCUACGUGCGAGAUUCUUUCGAGCAGCAUGUCAUGGAGGUUCAGGACUCAAAGAAGCAUUUGUCAGGCUUAUUGCUCGCACCUCACGAUGGUGAGCAGGCAGAUGAAAGUCGGGGAAGGCUGCAGACGCUGAGAUCACUAAUUUGA